GCCCUGCGGACCCACGGCUACUGCGCGGCCGCCUACGAGACGCUGUACGCGGCGGCGGGCGGCGGCGGCGCGAGCCCGGACUACAACAGCUCGGAGUACGAGGGCCCGCUCAGCCCCCCGCUCUGCCUCAACGGCAACUUCUCGCUCAAGCAGGACUCGUCGCCCGACCACGAGAAGAGCUACCACUACUCUAUGCACUACUCGGCGCUCCCCGGCUCGCGGCCCGGCGGCCACGGGCUGGUGUUCGGCUCGGCGGCCGUGCGCGGGGGCGUGCACUCCGAGAACCUGCUCUCCUACGACAUGCACCUGCACCACGACCGGGGCCCCAUGUACGAGGAGCUCAACGCGUUUUUCCAUAACUGAGACCUGGAGCCGGGCCCUCUUUUUCUUCUUUCGCCUUUGCCCGCCCCUUCGCUCCAGCCCCCCCAGGGCAGGGGCUCCCCGACCUCGGGCGCGCACAGGGCACCGGGCGCCAGGAGCGAGGCGUCGCCUGCGCGCUCCAGGGCAGCGCGGUCCGUAGCUGUGGGUGGCCUGGCCUUCCGGGCUUCGCUUCCUCCCGGGGGACUCGCCUUCUCUCCCCAGGGGCUCCGGGCUCCCUUCGCCCAGAGAGUGCGCCUGCAGGGACCUCUAUCCGUGUGCUCCUCGGAGACCCCCCUUGCCAAUCCCUUCUCUCGGUUUCUCCUCCCUCCUCCCUGCAGGCCCAAAUGCGUUGUCGAGGGGGCAGUUGGGGGUGGGUGCGCUUUUCCCCUCCCGUUAUUAUUUUAAAAAAGACCCCAAGCUGCCUAGGCCAGGCGCCCCCUCUUUCUAGCAGAGGGCCGAGCGCAAGCCUGGAGCGCCUUCCCGCCCCCUAACCUGAAUCUCCGCGUUUUGCAAUUUUCAUUUUGGCGGGAGGGGAUGCGUAUUGAGAGGAAAGAGGCCAAGAUAAUUUGUAACUCUUUUCCUUUUUUUAAAAACAAACAAGCAAACAAACAUACAUACAAAAAAAGCUAAGAGGCGACGAAGGCCGAACGCAGAGUCCGGAUCGGAGAGAAAACGCAGUAAGAACUUUUAGAAGCAAUAAAAGGCAAAACAAAAAAACAAAAACAAAAAACUACUACCAAUAAUAAUAAUAAUAAAAAAGACACAAAUAUCUAUGCAAGGAGGUUCUGACUGAGCCUAGCGGCCCGGCCCGGCCCGGGGCGCCCGCCAAGGCGGAUCUGUGCACUUUGGUGACGUGGGGGCCCCGCCGCCCCCUCCCCUCCCCAGGUUCUUACAAUCAAUGACUCGGAGAUUUGGGGCCCCAGUGCCACUGCCCUCCCCUGCCCCGUCCCCGUUGUACGUCAUACUGUUUUUUAAAAACCUGUUUCCAAAUUUGUAUGGAAUGGCAAACUGUUGGGGGGUCAGUUUGGGGAGGGAGGGUUUGCAUGAGCGACACACACGCACCCCACACCGCACGAACACGCAGGCCGGCGCGGGCGUCCCGGGACAGGGGGCUGCGCGCCCUGUCGCUUCCUCCCUGCGGGCUCCUCUGUCCCCUCUUGGGGUGAGGCCAAGGGGACGAGACGUGGGGCAGCUCCGCCCCUGCCCGGACCGCGCCCGCCCGGGCGGGUGCCAGGCAACCUGCGACUGCCGGCGGCUGGAGAGCGGUUUGGGUCCUCGGUGUCCUCCCGGCUUGGGCUAGCAGGUGGCUGGGGAAUGUGGGGGCCCCUUCUGCAACUUCUCCCAAAAGGGAUGCACAAGGUGACCCUCACCCCACCCGAGGCAGGGCAUCAGGCAUCCAAACACACGAUGCAAAAAAAUGCAAACCCACAGGCGACACACCCACACACUCACCAACACACACGCAAUUUUACCUUCCUCUUGUAGUGAAGAUGAAACUCCCGUCGGACACCCGAAGUGCAUUGCGUGUUUCUGUUCAGUUUAAUGAUGAUUAAUAAAUAUUUAUGUAAAUGAGAUGCAAA